GUGGGUGGGUGUUGUUGUUGUCAGCUGGGCGGGCGGUGACCGCGCCGCCAGAGCGCUUCAGUACGAGAACGCCCGUCGAUCGCUUUUGCAACAGAUCCACGAUGACGACACACUUCAGUUACCCGAGCGCCGCGCUCCAGAGCGAGCUCCGGCAGAUCGCCCAGGCCAUGGUGGCGCCCGGCAAGGGGAUCCUCGCGGCCGACGACCCGGCGGCCUCCCUGGGCGAGCGGCUGCAGGGCGUCGGCGUGGACAGUGGUGCGGAGGGGCGUCGGCGCUGGCGCCAGGUGCUGUUCACAGCUGACGCUGAGAUAAGUCAGCACGUGGCUGGAGUCAUCAUGGUCCCCGAGACGCUGCAGCAGGUGGCCGAUGAUGGUACACCCUUCGUCGAGCUGCUAGCGAGACGCAACAUACUCGCCGGCGUCAACGUCGACCAGGGCGUCGUGCUCCUCCCAGGGUCAGAGGACGAGACCACUACCCAGGGGCUCGAUGACCUCGCGAUGCGAUGCGCGCAGUACAAGAAGGCGGGUUGUAGCUUCGCCAAGUGGCGUUGCGUGUUCAAGAUCGGCGCCCACACCCCCUCAUACCAGGCCAUCCUGGAGAACGCGAACGUGCUGGCUCGGUACGCAUCCGUGUGCCAGAGCAACCGCCUUGUCCCUAUCGUCGAGCCUGACAUCCUUCUGGCCGGAGACCACGACAUCGAGCGCUGCCAGAAGGUGACGGAGACCGUGCUGGCCGCCGUCUACAAGGCGCUGCACGACCACCACGUGUACCUGGAGGGCACCGUCCUCAAGCCCAACAUGGUGACCCCCGGCCAGGGCUGCCCGACCAGGCGCUCGGCCCAGGACAUCGGGCGGGCCACCGCCACGGCCCUCAGCCGCACCGUGCCCGCCGCCGUGGCCGGCAUCGCCUUCCUGUCCGGCGGGCUGCCGGACCAGGAGGCCACCGCCAACCUGGACGCCAUCAACAAGUUCCCCUGCAGGAAGCCGUGGCCGCUGACCUUCUCCUUCGGCCGCGCCCUCCAGGGCCCCGCCUUCCGCGCCUGGGGCGGCCGCGACGUGGCCGCCGCGCACGCCGAGCUGCUCAAGCGGACGAGGAUUAACAGCCUGGCCAGUAAAGGCAAAUGCUAAACGGCAUAUCCCCCUGCGGCCUGGCCGUCAGUCGCAAGCACAGACGAUGGGCACACCAAUUAUUGCACCAACCGCACUCCGAACUGCUAAAGUUGAAAAUUGCGGAACUUGACAAUAAA